GACGAGCCCAGCGAGGCGGAGGCGGCCCGGCAGCCAACAUGGUGGAGGCGGCGGGCGAGGGUGCCUACGGCAUGGUGUGGUACCGCCCUGAGGGCCGCUCCAUGUGUCCAAGGCCAGAGCCGGUGAACACACAGGCAGUUUUGGUAUCCUUUGAAGACCUGGUUGUGAACUUUACCCAGGAGGAAUGGACUAUCAUGGACACUGCUCAGAGGACCCUGUACAGGGAUGUGAUGCUUGAGACCUAUAGCAAUCUGCUUUCCUUGGGAUACCACAUUAUGAAGCCUGAUGUGAUCUUAAAGUUGGAACAAGGAGCAGUGCCAUGGAGUGUGGAAAAGCCUGUGAAGCAACAACUUUCAGAUACCCAGAGACAGUAUGAAUUGCUUGGAAAUCAGAAAAGUCGAGAAUUAAACUUCAGGAAACGUAAUGAGAUGUCAUUUGGGGAGAAGCAUGAUGCCUCUGCUGUACCUGGGAGCAGAUGCCAAUGUAAGGAAAAUCAGAGUCAGCAUGACAAGAUGUACACUGGUCACCAGUUUAUUGAACACACUGGGAAAGAGAAAACUUCCUGCAGGAGGAAGACAGUUCUUCCAUGUAAGGGGCUUUGUGUCAAGGACACCUGUCGUAAGCCACCUGUUCUUGUGGAAGCAGCCACUCAGGUUGAAAAGAAAACGUCCCAUAAAAAUCUCUAUGAAUGCAGUGUGUGUGAAAAAUCCUUUGCCAGGAAGUCAUUUCUGAUUACACAUCAGAGAAUUCACACUGGGGAAAAACCAUUUGAAUGUAAAGUGUGUGGGAAAGCCUUUGCUCACAAGUCAGCUUUCAAUAGGCAUCAGGGAAUUCACCCAGGGGUAAAAUCUUACAAAUCUUACAAAUGCAGUGAGUGUGGAAAAGCAUUUCGCCAGAGUUCAAGUCUCAUUGCACAUCAGAGAUUUCACACUGGGGAAAAGCCAUUUAAAUGUGAAGAGUGUGGGAAAACAUUUUGCUGGCCAUCACAACUAAUCAAACAUCACAGAAUUCACACCGGAGAGAAACCUCAUAAAUGUAAAGAGUGUGGGAAAGCCUUUUAUGACAAAUCAAAUCUUCUUGCGCAUCAGGCAGUUCACACUGGGGAGAAACCUUAUGCAUGUAGUGUCUGUGGAAAAGGAUUUACCCAAAGAUCCAGUCUCAAUACACAUCAGAGAAUUCACACAGGGGAAAAGCCUUUUCAGUGCAGAGAGUGCGGAAAGGCCUUUUGUGACAAAGGAAGCUUUGUUAGACAUCAGACAGUUCACACAGGACAGAAACCAUAUGAAUGUGAACAGUGUGGAAAAUCCUUUUGUGGUAGGUCAUCCCUUGUUAGCCAUCAGGCAAUUCACACUGGGGAGAAGCGUUUUGAGUGCAGUAAGUGUGGGAAAGCUUUUAGCUGGCAGUCAAACCUAAUUACACAUCAAAGAAUUCAUACAGGAGAAAAGCCUUAUGAAUGUAAAGAGUGUGGAAGAGCCUUUUAUGAUAAGUCAUCUCAUAUUAGACAUCAAGCAGUUCACACCGGGGAGAAACCUUUUGAGUGCAAUCAGUGUGGAAAGGCUUUUGGUUGGCAGGCAAACCUGAAGACACAUCAAAAAGUUCACACACGGGAAAAACCCUAUGAAUGUAAAGAAUGUGGGAAAGCCUUUUGUAACAAGUCAUACCUCAUUAAGCAUCAAGCAGCUCACACAGCAGAGAGGCCUUAUAAACGUAAAGAGUGGGAAAACCUUCUGUAAUAAGUCAUUUGAUGAAACGUCAAGAAUUCGUACAGGAGAAAGUCGCUUCUUGGCAGCUUUUGAGGAAAUUACACAAGAAAAGAUUGUGUAUUGGAGUAUGUGUUCUUAAUGUUUUUGCGGUGCAAUCUGUGGUCUCUUGUUACGGGAAAAUGUAAAUGAGCUCUGCCUUCAUAAUUAAUAAAUUCUACCUCACUUGUUUGAAA